AUGUGCACACAGACGCCACGAACUAAAACAGCACAUCUCAAUCCUGUCGUUGUACAAAGAGGCCGGGAAUCUUGGCACCUUCACAACCCAUCUCAUCCGUGGGUGGUCACAUAUAAGACUCCAGCAACCACCGCUGCCCAUGGCCGUUUGCCCAAUAAUCCGCCACUUCAUUUUCACAUGUACCAAACCGAAGACUUCCUCGUCACCUCAGGUGUAGCUCGAUUCCAGAUCGACGGUAAAGUGAUCAUGGCCGAGCAAGGAGACAAAGUUCACAUUCCCGUGGGCGCAUUUCAUAAGUAUGAAAAUGCAAGUGGAGUUGGGGACGACUUGAUUAUUUCAAUCCGUACAGAUCCAGCGGACUUUGCAAGGGAAGAAAGCUUUUUCCGCAACUUCUCUGGAUACAUGGAGGAUUGCAGAAAAGUCAACCAGCAGCCCAGCCCUUUCCAACUGUUCAGGCUUGUUUAUGAGAUCCAGGCUCCAUUGGUAUUGCCCGGAAUGGGGAAGACGUCAACAUUAGUGAGCAGGCAGGUAUGCUGGCUCUUCAGGUUCGUCGCCAGGGUGGUCAUUGGAGAGUGGCUACUAGGCUACAAGGGAACUUAUCCAGAGUACUAUCAGAGUGGCGAAGAGAAGGAUAAGCCUAUGUAA